AUGCCAGAAAAGCAAAGAUGCCAGCGACAUCGUCUGCAAAAGUGCUAUUUAUUACGAGAAAGAAAAGUUUGUACAGUAACUAGCGAGAAGUGGCCACGAGCACAAGAGGAGUGCAUCAUCGCCUCCCAAUCACGUGUGGAUAUCCCAGAUUUGUUCAUUGAAGACGAUCAGGCUGUGUACAUGGAGAACACCUGUCUCAAUGACAGCGGUACCUAG